UUUAUUCAUAUAUGUCAUGGGAGACACAAGAAGUUAUGCAGGAGCCAGCAACCAAUUUAGCUGAUAAAGAUCACGUUUCUUUUUCAACUGCAUCUGAUAUAAGUGGUGAAUACAUAAAUCCUAAAGGAAGUGACAGUUUUGAUGCUUCUUAUUUAUAUGCACAGUAUGGGAACCAAGGAACUUUACAACAAUCAGAAAAAUAUUCAGCCAGUAAGGACCAUGAUUCUUAUUCAGAUUCAUCUGACACAAUUGAUAGAAAUAAAAUUCCUAAGGAAAGUGACAAUUUCUCUUUUUCAAAUAUGCCGUGGAGCAAGCAGGGAGCUUCACACCAUCCAGAAAUAUAUCUAAUCAGUAAGGAUCAUGUUUCUUUUCCACAUGAAGUUGCUCCUCAUUUUAAUAAUAAAACGCCACAUUCUUUCUGGCAUUGUUUUUUGGGAUCAGGAGGAAGCGAGGUUCCCUUGAUGUCUGAUAGUCAUCAUUUUGAGAGUGUUUGUUUAAGGGCUCCUGUUGAGAAUGAGGUGAAACAAAAGGUGGAUUCUUUGGAGAGUUAUAAAAGCAAUGAAGAAGAUUUGGGGAAAGGAUUAUCUCAAUGUUUUGAAGUAAAGGAGAAUAGAAAUACUUUAGUGUUUUCAGAGGUGCAUCCCAGAUCUUCAGAAAUACAAUAUAUUGAGAAUGUUGUAGUUCCUGAUAAUUCUGUAGAAGUUUCAGAAGCACAUAUACUCUCCCGGGGGCUUGAUAGCUCUACGAUGGAGAUUUCUGGUGGUCCUCUUCAGACUAUUAAAUCCAACUCAAAUGAGACAUCAGAACAACUGUAUUUUCAAGAAGAAAGAAACCAAGAGGCAACUUCUGUUUUUGAUGGGGAAAAUGUUGGUGCUAUGAAAAAUGUAGCUUUUCGGGCAGUUAUUGCCUCUAUUGAACCUUCCAAGAAGGAGAGUACAGUAAAUGAAAUCCAAACUGACAUCAACAAAUCUUUAACAAAUGACAGCCAAGAAAGUGAACUAAAAAGUCCAGAUCCUUUCCUUUUAAAUUAUGAUGAAAACCUUUUAUUUGAUAAACUUAAUCAUCCACGCUAUCAGUCUACUCCCGGGGUGUUUGAAUCAGGAGCUUCAAAACCAUUGUAUAAAAAAGAUGAUGGUGAUAGCUCCCUGUACUGGCAUCACAAUUUAAAAUCAAUCCCUAGUGUUUCUCAGGAAAUACUGAUUAAGCCACUUUCUCUUAGUCCAGAGCUUAAGCCAUCAUCUUCUUUAAGUGAAAAAUCUCUCAGACAGGCUAUUGGUCUUGGCAAAACAUGGUCAACUUUAUUUCAGUAUGGUAUAGACAAUGAACAGUUUCUUCCCAUUGGGAAGAUAAAGCCUGUUUCUGCUCUUGACCUUGCAGAGAAGUUAGGAUCUUCAAACAUUAUUUACCCAAUGAAAGUAUGGACUUCAGAUUCUUUGGUUUCACAAGAUUUAAAGCAGCACAGCUUUGAAGAAGUUGCAGAUUCCUCAAACUGUAUUUUGGAGGGCCUGCAGGGGAAGGCUGAAUCUGACAUCUGUACUCUGGACGAUGAUACUGAAUGCUGUAGCGUGGAUGAGAAUGCUGUUGUAUGCAGUAAAAGACAAGAGAUAUGUGACCAAGGUGACUUGACUGGUGAGUGCAUUGAACUAGCAGAUUUAGAAAAUUUGCUUGAUGAUCUAGAGAUUUGUGACAGCUCCCUGCAGUGGCAAUCUACUGUACAGCUACCAUCUAAGGAAGACAGCAGUUUUGAAGAUUCUGUAUGUCCUUCUAAUACAGACAUUAAUGAAUCUUUUUCAUCUGUGUUGCCUCCAUUUGUUCCUCAUGAGCCAACUAGAGAUUUGGAAUAUCACUCUUCAAAUCUCCGAAUGUUGAGGGUAUCUCCUGACACUGUGUCAAGGACUGUCAGACAUUCAACAGGGGAUACUUCUAAAGGAGGCAUAGCUGAAAUUCCUCAGUCCACCUUUAAACCAGGCAUCACUACCUUUCCUGAAGAUUCAGACACUGUAUCUCCUUUAUCCUUGUCCCCUGAGGACUUUCCUCAAUUGGCUGGAAGGUCUCCUCAAGUGAAGAAUAUUGGUGAAUAUACUGAUACUGUCAACCAGCAGACAUUAGCAGACAGUCGUCUAACUGAAGAGACUUUAAAAAUUUCAGCUAUUCCUGGCCUAGCUGACCAGAAGACUGGAAUAGCAGCAGUGUCCUCUAGUUCGUACUCACAAAGAGGGAAGCCAAAUAUCUUCUACCCACAAGCCUUGCCAGACAGUCAUCUAACUGAAGAGGCUCUAAAAGUUGGCGCUGUUCCUGGACUUGGUGACCAGAAGACAGGUGUAUCCACAGUUCCUCCAAGUUCCUACUCACUUGGAGAGAAGCACAGUAUUUUCUACCCACAGGCAUUGCCAGACAGUCAUCAAGCUGAAGAGUCUCUGAAUGUUUCAGUUCUUCCUGGACUAGCUGAUCAAAAGACUGGAAAACCAAUAGUACCUGCUAGUUCUUACUCAGUUGGAGAGGAGCCUGGUAUUUUCUACCAUCAAGUCUUGCCAGACAGUCAGCCACCUGAAGAAGCUCUGAAAGUUUUGGCUUCUCCUAGACCGGUUGAUCAAAAGAGUGGGUUGCCUACUCUAUCCUCUACUUACUCAUAUGGAGAGAAGCCUCAUAUUUUCUAUCAACAGACAUUGCCAGAUACUCAUGCAAGUGAGCAGACUCUGAAAGUUUCAGCUGCUCCUGGAUUGGCUGAGCAGAAGACUGGGGUUCCUGCUGUAACCUCUACUUCUUACCCACAUAAAGAGAAGCCCAGUAUUUUCUACCAACCAGAAUUGCCAAACAGACGUCUCAUUCAGGAGGCUCAUCAAGUUUCAGCUGCUCCUGUAUUUGUUGAGCAGAAGGCUGGGAUAUCGAUAGUACCCUCUACUUCCUAUUCACAUAGAGAGAAGCCUAGUGUUGUGUACCAACAAGAGUUGCCAGACAGUCAUCUAAUUCAAGAAGUUCAGCAAGUUUCAGCUGCUCCUGGAUUGGCUGAGCAGAAGACUGGGAUUCCUACAGUACCCUCUACUUCCUAUUCACAUAGAGAAAAGCCCAGUAUUGUGUACCAGCAAGAACUGUCAGACAGUCAACUAAUUGAACAGUCUCAAAAAGUUUCAUCUGUUCCUGGACUGGCUGAGCAGAAGACUGGGAUUCCUACAGUACCCUCUACUUCCUAUUCACAUAGAGAGAAGUCCAGUAUUUUCUACCAGCAAGAGUUGCCAGACAGUCAUCUAAUUCAAGAGAUUCAGCAAGUUUCAGCUGUUCCUGGAUUGGCUGAGCAGAAGACUGGGAUAUCAACAGUAGCCUCUACUUCCUAUUCACAUAGAGAGAAGCCCAGUAUUUUGUACCAGCAAGAGUUGCCAGACAUUCAUGUAAUUCACGAAGUUCCAGAAGUUUCAUCUGUUCCUGGAUUGGCUGAGCAGAAGGCUAGGAUUCCUGUCAUACCCUCUACUUCUUACUCACAUAGAGAGAAACCCAGUAUUUUGUACCAACAAGAAUUGCCAAAUAGUCAUCUAACUGAACAAGUUCAGAAAGCUUCAGCUGCUCCUGGACCUGCUGAGCAGAAGACUGGGAUUCCUAUAAUAACUUCUGCUUCUUAUUCAUAUAGAGAGAAGCCCAUUAUUUUCUACCAACAGGAUUUGCCAGACAGUCAUCUAACUAAAGAGGCUCAGAAAGUUCCAACUGUUUCUGGACUAGCUCACCAGAAGAGUGGAAUACCAAUAGUGCCCCCUGCUUUCUACUCACAUGGAGGGAAGACCAGUCUUUUCUAUCAGCAGGAGUUGCCAGACAGUCAUCUAAGUGAUCAGACUCAGAAAAUUUCAGCUAUUCCUGGACCAGUAGACCAGAACACUGGCAUACAGACAGCACCCUCUAGUUCCUACUCAUAUAGGGAGAAGCCCAUUACUUUUUACCAGCAGGAGUUGCCAGGCAGGCUUCUAACUGAAGAGGUUCUAAAAGUUUCGGCUCUUCCUAGAACAACUGACCAGAACACUGGGAUAAUAACAGGGUCCUCUCGGUCUUACUUAUUUGGAGAGAAGCCAAGUGGUCUUUUCUAUCAGCACGUGCUACCAGAUGGUAGUCUAACUGAAGAAGCUCUGAAAGUUUCACCUGCAUUGAGACCAAGUGACCAGAAGACUGGUGUCCUCUUACUGCCUGCUAGUUCCUACUCACAUAGAGAGAAGCCUGGUAUUUUCUACCCACAGGCCUUGCCCAGCAGUCACUUAUCUGAAGAGACUCUGAAAGAUUCAGCUGUUCUUGGACCAGCUGACCAGAAGACUGGGACAUCAGAACCUUCUGGUUCCUAUUCACAUAGAGAGAAAUCCAGUAUUUUCUACCAACAGGAGUUGCCAGAUAGCCAUAUAACUGGAGAGGCUCUGAAAAUUUCAGGUGUUUCUGGAACAGGUGACCAGAAAACUGGGAUACCUAUAGUAACCUCUCCUUCCUACUCACAGAGAGAGAAACCCAUUGUUUCCUACCAGCAGGUCUUACCAGAUACACACCUUACUGAAGAGGCUCUGAAUGUUUCAAAUGCUCCUGCACAGGCUGACCAGAAGACUGGGAUACCCAUAGUAACCUCUCCUUCCUUCUCAUAUAAUGAAAAACCCAUUAUUUUCUACCAACAGGCCUUGCCUGACAGUCAACUGACUGUGGAGGCUCUGAAGGUUUCAGAUGUUCCUGGACCAUCUGACCAGAAGACUGGGAUACCUACAGUACCACCUAGUUCCUAUUCAUAUAGAGAGAAGCCCAUCAUUUCUUACCAGCAAGAGUCACCAGAUCUUACUCAGGUGGCUUUGAAAAUUUUUGAGGUUCCUGGCCCAGCUGACCAGAAGAUUGGGAUACCACCAGUAACCUCUACUUCUUACUCAUAUGGAGAAAAGCCCAUCAUUUCUUACCAGCAAGAGUUGCCAGAUGCUAAUGAAAAUGCUUUAAGAGGUUUAGGGGUUCCUAGACAAGCAGACCAGACCAUUGGUGUGCGAAUUGUGCCCCCUGCUUCCUAUUCACAUAGAGAGAGUCCCAUCUUUUCUUACCAGCAGGAGUUACCAGAUCUUACUGAGGAAGCUUUGAAAGUUUUUGCUCUUCCUGGACCAGCUGAUCAGAAUGCUGAGAUACCAGUAGGACCUUCUAGUUCUUACUCACAUAAAGAGAGACUCAAGACUUUACCAGACGAUCAAAAGACUGAGUUACCAUCAACUCCCUCUGGUUCCUACUCACAUAGAGAGAAGCCCAAGACUUCAACUAUAAUUGGACCAGCUGACCAGAAGACUCCAUUAUUGACAGGUUUUCCUAAUUCUUAUUCUCAGAGAGUAAAGCCUAGUAUUUUCUUUCAACAGCAGUUGGGAGAUAGACAUCAAAGUGGAGAUAUUCUGAAGAUUUCAUCUGUUGCUGAGCCAACUGAUGUGAAUUCUCAGAUACCAAUACCUCUUUCUGCUUCCUAUUCACACAGUGAGAAAUCUAAUAUUUUCUACCCAAAGGAAUUGCCAGACAAACAUCUAAGGGAAGAUUCACUGAAGGUUUCAACAGUUCCUGGACCAGCUGACAAAAAAACUGUGUUACCAGCAGUUCCUCCUAGUUCCUUUUCACAUAGAGAGAAACCAGCUAUAUUGUACCAUCAGGAUUUCCCAGAAAGACAUCUAACUGAAGAUAACCUGAAGUUCUCAAGCAGUCUUGGGCAAGCUGAUCAGAUUAAUGGGUUAUCAACAGUUCCCCCUGGUACUUACUUACAUAGUGAGAAGCACAAACCUGUUUCACAUCAUGUUCAAAGGCUAACAGAUAAUUUGGAUUCUUCUCACACCAGUGUUAUCUCAAACAAUAUGCCUUUAAAUUCUCAGGCUGAUGGUAGAAUUGUAAUAAAUAAGCCAGAAUCGUCUGGUUUUGAAGAUGUUGGCUCUGAGGAAAUCCGGGAUACAGAAAACAGUUCCAAAACUCUUAAAGAGAUUCAGACACUUUUAAUGGAAGCAGAAAAUAUAGCACUAAGACGAUACAAUGUUCCUGCUCCCCUUGUCCCUUUCAGAGAUGUUAGUGAUAUUUCAUUUAUACAAUCUAAGAAGAUGGUUUGCUUCAAAGAACCCCUCACAACUGAUGAAUCUAAUGGUGAUUUGUCUCAGAGACAGCCAUUCACAGAAGAAAGCUCAAGCAACAGGUGUAUACAGAAGGAUAUUAGCACACAGACGAAUCUGAAAUGCCAGAGAGGCAUUGAAAAUUGGGAGUUUAUUAGUUCAACUACAGUUAGAAGUCCUUUACAGGAAGCAGAAGGCAAAGCCAGAGUGGCAUUUGAUGAAACCCUUAAACAAUAUAAAGCAGCCAGAUCUGUAAUGAGAUCUGAACCUGAAGAGUAUAGUAGAACCAUUGGGAAUAAGAUUGUUAUCCCUAUGAUGACUAUCAUUAAAAGUGAUUCAAGUAGUGAUGCAAGUUCUUGCUCAUGGGACAGUAAUUCCUUGGAGUCAGUUUCUGAUGUGCUUCUAAAUUUCUUUCCAUAUUCUUCACCCAAGACAAGCAUGACAGAUAGCAGAGAGGAAGAGGGGGUGUUAGAGAGUGACGAUGGUGGUGGAAGCAGUGUAGACUCACUGGCUGCACAUGUGAAAAACCUUCUGAAAUGUGAAUCCUCAUUGAACCAUGCUAAACAAAUACUCAAAAAUGCAGAGGAAGAGGAAUCUCGGGUACGAGCACGAGCCUGGAAUCUGAAGUUUAAUAUGGCUCAUGACUAUGGCUACUCCAUUUCAGAAUUAAAUGAAGAUGACAGGAGAAAAGUAGAAGAGAUCAAAGCAAAGUUGUUUGGUCAAGGGAGAACAACUGACUUGUCCAAGGAUUUACAGAGUCCACGGGGAAUAGGAUACAAGCCAGAAGCUGUUUGUAGUCACAUUAUUAUUGAGAGCCAUGAAAAAGGAUGUUUCAGAACUCUAACAGCUGAACGACCCCGAUUGGACAGCCACCCUUGUGUUUUUAGAUCUGCUGAACCCUCAGAAAUAGUCAGAGGACAACGGAGCCCAUCAUCAUGGAGAACUAGACACAUCAACCUUUCCAAGUCACUGGACCAGAACAACUCCCAAUUCAAAGUUUGGAAUUCCUUGCAGUUACAAAGUCAUUCCCCAUUUCAAAACUUUAUCAGUGAUGACUUGGAAAUUAGCAAGGGCCUUCGAAUGCCAUUUCAUGAAAAGUUGGACCCUUGGCUGUCAGAAUUAGUAGAACCUGCUUGUAUGCCACCUGAAGAAAUGGAUUGUCAUUCUUCAUCACAAAUGCUGCCCCCAGAACCCAUGAAAAAGUUUACUACCUCCAUCACUUUCUCAUCUCACCGACAUUCUAAAUGCUUUUCAGAUUCCUCUUUUCUUAAGGUUGGUGUUACUGAAGGUAGCCAGUGUUCUGGAGCAUCUGUGGGGGUAGUUAAUUCUCAUUUCACUGAAGAGCAGAAUCCUCCUAGAGAUCUAAAACAGAGAACCUCUUCCCCUUCAUCAUUUAAAAUCACUAGUCAGUCACCAGAUAAAGCUGUGACUAUUUUAGCAGAAAAUAGUAGCCAAAGCCAAAAAUUAUCUGUUGAACAUUCUUAUCAAGAAGAAAAACCCUUAGAAAAAUCAGAUUUUAAAAGCAGUCAUCCUAAGCCCAGUGUCAGUGCAAAUGAUAGCAAUUUCAAAGAAGUUCAUUUUUCUGAUAAUCAUACUCUCAUUAGCACGGGCAGACCAAAUUCCACACUAGAAGUAAAAGAGAAGAAUGUAACUAUUACUGCAGAUCUUCCUUCACACAUUUUUCUUGAACAAGAGGUCUUUGAACAAAGCAAAGCCCCACAUGCAGAUCACCAUGUGAGAAAACACCAUUCGCCCCCUCCUCAGCUUCAGGAUUAUGUAGCUCCAAAUCUUCCUUGUCGUAUUUUUCUUGAAAAGCGAGAACUCUUUAAACAGAGCAAGGCCCCACAUGUAGAUCAGUUAAGAGAAAACCACUCUCCCCUUCCUCAGAGUCAGGAUUAUAUAGCUUCAGACCUUCCUUCUUCCAUUUUUCUUGAGCAGCGUCAACUCUUUGAACAAAGCAAAGCCCCAAAUGUAGAUCACCACCUGAGAAAACUCCAUUCCCCCCUUCCUCAAAGUCAGGAUUCUGUAGUAGAAAAGAAUAAUGAACAUAAGCCUAAAUUACACAUUUCUGAUGUGAUAGAUGUUGAAGCCAAAUUCAGUGAUGUGGUCUCCCCAUCAGUCCCAAAUCAAUGUACAGUAGUAACAUCUGCAUCUACUCCACCUUCAAAUAGAAAAGCACUUUCUUGUAUUCGUAUAACUCUUUGUCCCAAGACUCCUUCCAAGUUGGAUAGUGGAAACUUAGAUAAAAGAUUUCAUUCAUUGGAUCCUGCCACUAAAACAAGGAUGAAUAGUGAGUUUAACUCUGACCUACAAACUAUAUCUUCAAGAUCAUUGGAACCAACCUCCAAAUUAUUGAUCAGUAAACCUGUAGCACAGAAUCAAGAAUCUUUAGGUGUUCUAGGACCUAAAUCUUCAUCGGACUUUCAAGUCGUACAAUCUCCUCUUCCAGAUAGUAAUGUUAUUACUCAGGACUUGAAAACCAUACCUUAUCAGAAUAGCCAGAUAGUAACAUCAAGGCAAACACAAGUGAACAGUUCAGAUUUGGAAGAAUAUUCCAAUCCAGAAGGGACUCCGGUAUCUGCAGAUCGAUCACCAGAGGAGAUUAAGUCCCCGUUUUCUCCCUUCUCUGGAAAAUUGUCAUCUGAUGCAGUCACUCAGAUAACAACAGAAAGUCCAGGUAAAGCCACGUUUUCAUCUGAAAUUUUUGUUAAUGCUGAAGAUCGUGGACAUGAAAUUCCAGAGCUCAAUACACAGAAGUCGGGCAAUGUUCCUGUCAAGUUCGCUUCAUCAUCUUCAGUUCAACAGAUUACUGUUCCUCAUGGUACAGAUGGCCAGCCUUUACUAUUGCCAUAUAAGCCUUCUGGUAGUACGAAGAUGUACUAUGUUCCACAAUUAACACAGAUUCCUUCGUCUCUGGAUUCCAAAUCAGACACCACCAUUGAGAGCUCACACUCAGGAUCCAAUGAUGCCAUUGCUCCAGAUUUCCCGGCUCAGGUGCUAGGCACAAGGGAUGAUGACCUGGCAGACACUGUUAACAUUAAACAUAAAGAGGGCAUCUACAGUAAGAGGGCGGUAACUAAGGCAUCCUUGUCAAUGGGGAAAAAACCCUUUCAGAAAGAUAAUGCAGAUGCUCACGUUCAAGUUCUCAUCACUGGGGAUGAGGACCUCUCAAACAAAAACCAAGAAAAGGAGAUCUACACUAAAAAGGCAGUGACCAAGAUUGCUGGCUCUGAAGAAAAAGAAUCUUUGGAGAAAGAUACCACAGGUUCCAGUACUGCUGCUGCUUCACAGCACUCAACUCAAGACACAAAGACUGAUAGUCUGCCAGACACUAAAGCCAUUAAACAGAAAGAGGAGAUCCAUAGUAAGAGGAAGGUUCCUAAGGAAGCCUGGUCAGAAGAAAAGAAAGCCUUACAGAUAGAUAUUGCAGAAUCCAGAUGUCAUUCGGAAUUUGAAAACACCACCCAUUCUGUGUUCAGGUCAGCUAAGUUUUACUUUCAUCAUCCAGUGCACCUGUCAAGUGACCAAGAUUUUUGCCAUGAAUCCUUAGGAAGAAGUGUUUUCAUGAGGCAUUCUUGGAAAGAUUUCUUUCAACAUCAUCCAGACAAACAAAGAGAAUACACUUGUCUUCCUUCCCCUUGUCAACAUAUGGAAAAGACAAAGAGAGAUUAUACCAGAAUAGAGAGCCUCAGUAUCAACGUAAACUUGGAAAACAAGGAAUUGAAGCAUGCUACUAAAAGUCAGGCUAGAGAGUUUCCAAAAUCUGACAAACAAAUUAAUGAUCUAAAAAGGGAUCCUAAGGCCACCCCAGAGCUAACAAGCGAGCACACUGUGAGUUUGAAUGAACUCUGGAACAGAUAUCAGGAACGGCAGAAGCAGCAGAAACCUGAGGUCAGUGCCAAGAAGGAACUUUCCUUGGUGGAGCGACUUGAUCGUUUGGCUAAACUUCUUCAGCAUCCCAUCACACAUUCUCUUCAGCCCUCAGAAAGUACACAGGAUGACAGCAGAGGGGAACAAGAUGCUAAGGAAUGGAGUGAUAAACAGCAGCAGCAGAAAAACAAGCUUCAGAAAAAGAAACGGUAUAAAAGCCUGGAGAAAUGCCAUAAAAACACAAGUGAUCUUAAAAAAAAUAAGAUUCUUUCUGCUCAUCAAGCUGGGAGGCCCAAUCAGAUUAAAAUUGAGCAGUUUAAGUUUGAUAAAUACAUUCUGAGAAAACAUCCAGGUUUUCAUUAUAUAAAUAACACUUCUUCAGAUUCUAGACACUCAGAGGAUAGUGAGCUGCUCACAGAUACGACCACCAACAUCCUUUCUACCACCACUUCUCCUGUGGAAUCAGAUAUAUUGACCCAAACAGAUAAGGAAAUGACUUUGCAUGAGAGGAGCAGCUCAAUUUCCACCAUUGACACUGCCCGAUUGAUCCAUGCUUUUGGCCAUGAAAGAGUUUGUUUGUCACCCAGGCGAAUUAAAUUAUACAGCAGUAUCACCGACCACCAGAGGAGAUACCUUGAGAAGCGGAGCAAGAAAAACAAGAAAGCUUUGAAUACAGGUUAUCCCCAAAUUACUUCAGAGCACACCAGAAGGAAACACAUCCAGGUGAUGGACCAUGUCUCUUCUGACUCUGUUUCAUCUUCUACCAGUAGUUUCUGGAGCUCGAACUCUACCCUUUGCAACAAGCAAAAUGCACAUAUGUUAAAUAAGGGCGUACAAGCAGGUAACUUGGAGAUUGUGAGUGGUGUCAGAAAAAACACUCGAGAUGUUGGAAUGACUUUCCCAACUCCAAGUUCUAGUGAGGCUAGAGUAGAAGAGGACAGUGAUGUGACUUCUUGGUCAGAAGAAAAAAUAGAAGAGAAGAGGCUCCUUACCAGUUAUCUUGGGGACAAAAAGUUAAAGAAGAACAAGAAGACCUGCUGUGAAGGAGUUUCAUGGUUUGUUCCUGUGGAAAAUAUGAAGUCUGGUCCUAAGAAGGAAAACAUGCCCAAGCUUCAUGGCCCUGGUGUCUCCUGGUUUGCACCAAUAACCAACAUGAAACCUUGGAGGGAGCCACUGCGGGAGCAGAACUGGCAGGGGCAGCACAUGGACAGCCACAGCCAUCCAGCCGGCCCAGGCAAGGAGCCGCCGGGGCCGUUUGUGAGAGCCACCCUCCAGGAAUCACUUCAGCUUCACAGACCGGACUUCAUCUCCCGUUCUGGGGAGCGGAUAAAGCGCCUGAAGUUAAUAGUCCAGGAGAGGAAGCUGCAGAAUAUGUUACAGAGUGAGCGGGAGGCACUGUUCAACACUGUGCAGGAAUGGCAGGGCUACCGGGACCCCGUGCACCUGCUCCGUAAGAGAGGCUUCCUGGCAGCCCAAAAGAAAAGGCCUAUUGGAAAGAAGGAAAUGAUUCAGAGGUCUAAACGGAAGCGAUCAUGGGGCAAGCAAAAUGAACCACCAACCACACCAAAGUCCGAUCUUCAUCCAAAGAAGGUGAUGUUGUAUAUAUGGUGGGAUCGGAAGGGAGUUCUUUACUGUUAGCUGCUUCUCGAAAACCAAACAAUUAAUUCCAACAAGUGCUGCUCCCAAUUAGACCAACUGAAAGCAACACUCGCGGAAAAGUGAGUCAGACUAAUUCUGUUGAAUCAGUCAACACAAAACACAUAAUCUUUCAUCAGAAUAACACAAGACCGCAUGUUUCUUUGUUGACCAAGAAAAAACUGUUACAGUUUGGCUGGGAAGUUUUGAUUCAUCUGCCGUAUUCACCAGACAUUGCACCUUCAGAUUUAUAUUUAUUCUGGUCUUUAUAAAAUUAAUGGAAAAUUUCUCAAUUCCCUGGAAGACUGUGAAAGGCACCUGAAACAGUUCUUUGCUCAAAAAGAUAAAGUUUUGGGAGGAUGGAAUUAUGAAGUUGCCUGGAAAAUGGCAGAAGGUCGUGGAACAAAACAGUGAAUACACUGUUCAGCGAAGUUCUUAGUGAAAAAGAAAAGCAUGUCUUUUAUUCUCACUUUAAAACUGAAGGAACUUUUUGGCCAACGCAAUACUUCUUUUUCCUCAAAUGGUUGAUCAUACUAUAUACAGAAGUUUGUAGCUUGUUUUGUUUUGCUUAACAGUAUAUUGUGAGUAUUGUGAAUGUUUUCCCAUAUUGUAAAAGCUAUUUGAAAUAUUUUGUGCUUUGUAAUAAUUUUAUUAUAGUCCAUAAUUUGUUUUCUUAUUGGAAAUUUAGAUUAUUUCCAAUUAAAGUGUAUAUAUCAAAUGCAUCUUUGAUCCUAUUCCUCAAAACAUGGUUCUUUAAAAUCAGUGGCAUCCAAUCCGUGAUGGACAAAGCCCAAGAUUUUCACUUGACUACGAGACCUUCACCCCAUCUGUUUCCCCUGCACUCUACUCUCUCCAUGAAACCUUGACUCCAUUCUUACCAACACUCCCUUUUCCUCCCAUCUCCUUUCUACUCCUAACUUCUUCAAGACCCACCUCAAACUUAUUCCUUUUGGUCUUCAUUGACCUCCUUCCGUCAGAAUAACUUUUUUUCAUUUCCUAUAACUGUGUAGCAUUUUGUAGAUAUGACCCAUUGUACUUUUUUUGCAUUAUUUUUCAUCUUUAGAAGUAUGGUAGUAAUACGUAGUCAUUAUCUUAUAUUGAAACCAUACAUUUGUGCAUAUAGAAUGCCAAGAAGUUCAUCUGCACCCUUUAUUCCACUCCUUUCCCAGAAGUGACCACUAUCAUCAGGAUUUUAUUAUGUUUUUGUUUAUCUGUAUCUCUUUCCAGAUCUUGAACACUCUAGGCCAGGGUUCUUUAUGUCCAAAUGUCUAACAGGAAGCUGGGCCCACAACAGGCCCACAGCCUGUCUGAGGCACUGAGUGCCUAGAGAGUGGUAGAGCUUAGGAGAUGUGGGGAGAAGUGAUUGUGUGCCUCUGUGGUCAGUAACCUCACUGCUUUCUGUCUUUCCACCGGUACCAUUUCUAAGGAUUUAUGAACAGCUUCCUGAAGUACAGAAAAA